AUGCCGAAGAAACAAGGUCACUUGCAAUUCGAGAAGUGGGCUAAGGAAUAUGGGCCAAUUUACUCCCUUGUUUUGGGAACACAGAUUAUGAUCGUGCUGUCAUCGGAUCUAGCUGUGAAGGACUUGCUGGAUAAAAGAAGCGGAAUCUACUCGUCACGGCCUGACAUGUACCUUGGUCAGGAUAUCACAAGCGGUGGAUUCAGAAUGGUCUUGAUGGAAUAUGGAGAGCGUUGGAGGAUCGAACGAGGGAUUGUCCACAAUAGUCUCAAUAUUAAGGCUUCGCGAACCUAUGUCCCUUACCAAGAUCUCGAAAGCAAGGCCAUGCUGCUAGGCUUUCUUGAUAAUCCUUCCCAGUUCUUCAACCAUAUCCGUAGAUAUACAAAUUCCAUAUCGACUCAGAUGAUAUUUGGGUUUAGGACACUGGACAUCCAUGACCCAAAAUUAGAACGGCUCAUUCACGGCUUCGAGAAGUGGAGCGAAAUCGCAGGAAGUCAGAGUGCGGCACUUCUAGACGUGUUUCCCAUUCUGAGGCAUCUUCCUGAUUUCUUGCUCCCUGCGAAGAAAUAUGCGAGGAAAUUGCACGAGAAAGAGUACGAUUUGUUUGUCGGACAUUAUUUGACAGCAAAGAGGAAGCUUAAAGAAGGCAAAUCAAAGCCUUGUAUUUGUGCAGAUGUCGUUCGAGCUCAAGAUGAAAUCAAAUUCUCUGACGGUGUAGCUGGAUAUCUCAGCGGUACUCUGCUAGAAGCUGGCUCAGACACCUCCGCAUCGACGCUAAUCGGAUUUAUACAAGCCUUGCUUAUAUUCCCUGAGGUGCCAGUGCUGGCCCAGGAAGAGCUUGAUCGGGUAUGUGGUGACCGCAUACCGGAUCUCAACGACCUCCCAGACCUUCCAUAUAUCAGGGGCUGCAUCAAAGAAAGCAUGCGAUGGAUGCCCACGGCCAUCCUUGGUGUUCCACAUGCUGUGACUCGAGACGAUGAGUAUUCGGGCUAUCAUAUCCCUAAGGGUGCUGGCGUUAUGCUUAACGUGUGGGCGAUACACAAUGACCCUCACCGCCACCCCGACCCGCGAAGGUUCGAUCCCAACCGGUGGAUCCAGAACACUCAAACCUCCGCAGAAGCUGCUAACAACGCAGAUGUGUCCAAGCGAGACCAAUUUGUCUUUGGUGCUGGAAGACGCCUUUGCCAAGGUAUACACAUUGCCGACCGUAAUCUCUUCCUGGCCAUUUCUCGGCUUCUGUGGGCGUUUGAUUUCAGAAGGCCCAUCGAUAAAUCUACGGGGAAGGAGAUCAUACCAGAUAUGGAAGACUUGACUGAAGGCUUGCUGGUCUGCCCAAAUGCUUUCAGGGCUGAUAUCAAGCCUCGUAGCUCACUCAAGGCGGACAUCGUUAGAUCGGAAUGGAAAAAAAUGACGGAACUGCUCGACGACGACUUGCAGUGGAAGUCAGUACCCGAGGGACUGGUGUGGCGCGACUAUGAACCCCGUGACUCUGAGGAAAUGUGA